AAAAAAUCCCUAACAACAUAUAACCUCAAACUGUCAUUUUUCAGAAAGUGAUUGUUGACAAAUUGAAACGAAAUCAAAGAUUUUUAGAUAUGCCUUCAAAAAAGAAAAAAUACAAUGCCAGAUUUCCAGCAGGCCGUAUUAAAAAAAUAAUGCAGACUGAUGAAGAGGUUGGAAAAGUGGCACAAGCUGUACCAGUUAUAAUCUCCCGAACGCUGGAGUUGUUUGUGGAGUCGCUGCUGACGAAGUCAAUGCAAAUAACGCAGUCCCGCAACGCCAAGACUUUAACUCCGUCCCACAUGAAGCAAUGUAUAUUAUCCGAGAGUCGUUUCGACUUUUUAAAAGACUUAGUGAAAAAUAUCCCUGAUGCAAGUGCACAAGAAGAUAACAAAAACAACCUGAUGUUCGAAGCGCAACAGCUGCAGGAGGCCGAGUCAAAACAGGAGCCUGCGGCAGCAGUGGAGGCUUCGAAGCCGGAAGUAACGGCGAAUUUUUACACAGAGCAGAGUACGUCCACGGCUAGAACACCAGUUAUCCAGUAUGGACCUAAAGUAGCGCAAGUAGAGACGAAAAAGUUCAAUUUCUCAGUUAAUAAUUUGAUCGAGCCGGCGAAGGAAGGACCCAAAGUGCGCAUUUCGGUGGCGGAACCCGUACCUGUGCCCCCUUUAGUACCAACAAGGGGGCCCGCUAAUAGUGUCCAAGAAAAUACGCCGCCAGUCAACUGCGACAAUAUCCCGCCUCUUAUACCUAUUUCACACCAUUAUUACAAUCAGAACACUGAAGACACUCUGUGUAUUGAUGAAGAUUAUGAUAAUUAGAUUGUUCUAUAUUUAUCACCGAUUUAUCAGUUCAUUUGUAUCAAGUAAACGUAACUACCUACCUGACGACUUUUCCGAUGACCUAACAGUGAAAUAUACAGUUGUUAUUAAAACGUUUUGUAUUGGGUAAAAAAAUACAUUAGUACAUUAUGUACAAUUUUAAAAAUAUUAAAGUAUUAUAAUCAAUACCUUA